AUGCAGCGGCAGUCGCUAGGCUCUCCGGUCUCCAAGCUCCACUUCCAUGGCGGAUCCGACGACGCCGAGGUUUGCGACAAUUCCGCCACCUCCUCGCUCUCUCCUCCUCCUCCAUCACUCCUGCUCGAUUCCGACGACCGCCGCCUCAAAACAGCCAAAUUACCUUCUCGCCGCCUCUCCACUUCCGCUUCCUCAUCCUCCUCGCCGACUCCCACUCCGGAGAAGCUCAUCCACCUGAUUCCGAUCAUCCUCCUCUCCUGCUUCCUCAUCCUCUACCUCGCCUCCAACAAUCCCUCCCAAUCAAGUAACAACAAAACGAAUCCUACUUUCUCUCUCUCUCUCUCUUCGAUCGAGAUUGAUUCCGCCGUCGCCGACAGCAAGCUGGGCGAGCUCAGAGCCAGGGAAGUGAUGCCGAUUCGGAGCUUCAGGAACUUGCAUGAGACGGCAGCCAGAGACGCGCGCAGAAUGUCCAGCUCCCAACACCGGAAAUUCGCCGGGCUCUAAAACGGAACCCCCAUCCGUCCGCCGCCACGAUAAGUUAAACAAAACCCGUAAUUUUCGUCCGGCC